UUCAAUUACUCCUGGGCCUCUGACUCCAGAAACCCAGGUUUUUAUUUUUGAGCACUCCUGGCUGGAACAUGCUCCAUAGUAAAGGGCUUUGUUUAUUUUAGGUGCUGUGCCUCCGUGGAUGAUUCAAGAGGAGGAACACAGCUCUGGGAACCUACCAAUAGGCCCUUCCUAUGAAGAAUUUCUUAAAGAAAAGGAAAAACAGAAACUGAAGAAACUCCCCCCAGAGCGAGUUGGGGCCAAUUUUGACCACAGCUCCACCACCAGUGCAGGCUGGCUGCCCUCUUUUGGCAGAGUCUGGAAUAAUGGACGACGCUGGCAGUCCAGGCAUCAAUUCAAAACGGAAGCCGCAACAAGAAACAAACAGUCACGUAUAGGAAAAAGCUGAAGGUGCCCAGCCCAAUUCUUUUUCAAUCUCAUGGCCAACAAAACCAUUCCAACUAUUAUUCCUAAAACCAAUCCUCUCCAGUUGCCUUUCUUUGAAAACAGAAACACCCAUUCAUUUGAUUUAAUAAAGUUUUAUUUUUCCAAAUGUA